AUGGAGAAGGUCAAUCACUGCAGGCCGGCUGCGCCGCAAGCGGCGUCAAACGGCCCUCGCCACACCGCGCAACACCCCGCACCACGUGCCUUGCCGCUCCGCUACGACUCCCCGCUCCGCUACGACUCCCCGCUCCGCUACGACUCCCCGCACCGCUACGACUCCCCGCACCGCUACGACUCCCCGCACCGCUACGACUCCCCGCACCGCUACGACUCCCCGCACCGCUACGACUCCCUGCACCGCUACGACUCCCCGCUCCGCUACGACUCCCCGCUCCGCUACGACUCCCCGCACUGCGCACCGCUACGACUCCCCGCACCGCUACGACUCCCCGCACCGCUACGACUCCCUGCACCGCUACGACUCCCCGCUCCGCUACGACUCCCCGCACUGCGCACCGCUACGACUCCCCGCACCGCUACGACUCCCCGCACCGCUACGACUCCCCGCACCGCUACGACUCCCUGCACCGCUACGACUCCCCGCUCCGCUACGACUCCCCGCUCCGCUACGACUCCCCGCUCCGCUACGACUCCCUGCACCGCGCGCUUCUACGACUCUCCGUUCCGCUACGACUCCCCGCACCGCUACGACUCUCCGCAGCGCUACGACUCCCCGCAGCACUACGACUCCCCGCACCGCUACGACUCCCCGCACCGCUACGAUUCCCCGUACCGCGCAACUCGCCGCAACUCGCUGCAACCCGCAAUUCCCCUCUCCGUGACUCCCCGCGUGACUCGACGCUCCGCAGGUGGCGCUGCCACGCCGCGCCAUGAUUUGCUACCAUAG